CCGGGUGGGCUCGACCGUGCCAGACGGUGGUUUAAUUUACAAAGAAAUUUCAGCACAACAGUGGUACCGUAAAUACGAGAUUUUCUCUUCCCGUCUCAGAACUGGAAGCAAAUUGUACGCGGCUCGGGUCGCAGCAGUCAGUGUAAAUCCCGUUAGGUCAGCAGUGCGUGUGUGCGUGUACGUGUGUGUGUGCGUUCGUGGUGCCGUGCGUGCGUUUGUUGUGCUGCCCUGGACCCCCUUCCGCCCUUCCUCGGUUUCGCCCUUUACAAGACGCACACACACACACACACACUUGGUCCGUGUGGUCCGCGGACCAACAAUUAUCGUCAUCGUCACCAUCGUCAGUGAAACGGGAAAGGUGGCAAGAAAAGGUGUACACCCCGACGGUCGUCCCGAAAGUGGCCUCUUACUCUCAACGCGACGGUGUGGCAACGGCGACGAAAGGGGCACGUUGAAGCUUUUAAAUUGAACCAACGCUCACGGGCACGCAGUACCACCGCACGGGGUGGUGGUGGUGGUGGCGGCGGCGGCGGUCUACUUCCGAGGGAAAGCCCAGCUCGAAGCAGGAAAAACGGAGGGCAUCAGCAGCACGCAGCUGGCGGCGGCGGCGGCGGCAGCGGGCAUCAUGACGGCGACUGAUAAUACGGUUCGCUUCAGCGAUCACACGCUCGAUAAGGCGACCAAAGCGAAGGUCACGCUGGAGAACUACUACAGCAAUCUGAUCACACAGCACGGCGAGCGGAAACAGCGCCAGGCGAAGCUGGAAGCGUCGCUGAAGGACGAGACGCUGUCCGAGUCGCAGCGGCAGGAGAAGCGCAUGCAGCACGCCCAGAAGGAGACGGAAUUCCUGCGCCUCAAGCGCUCCCGGCUCGGGGUGGAGGACUUCGAGGCGCUCAAGGUGAUCGGGCGCGGUGCAUUCGGCGAGGUGCGGCUGGUGCAGAAGAAGGACACCGGGCACGUGUACGCGAUGAAGGUGCUGCGCAAGGCGGACAUGCUGGAAAAGGAGCAGGUGGCGCACGUGCGGGCCGAGCGGGACGUGCUGGUCGAGGCCGACCACCAGUGGGUGGUGAAGAUGUACUACAGCUUUCAGGAUUCGGUAAAUUUGUAUCUUAUCAUGGAGUUCCUGCCCGGCGGCGACAUGAUGACGCUGCUCAUGAAGAAGGACACACUGUCGGAGGAGUGCACACAGUUCUACAUCGUCGAGACGGCGCUCGCGAUCGAUUCGAUCCACCGGCUCGGCUUCAUCCACCGCGACAUCAAGCCGGACAAUCUGCUGCUGGAUGCGCGCGGCCACCUGAAGCUGUCCGACUUUGGGCUGUGCACGGGGCUGAAGAAAUCGCACCGCACCGACUUCUAUCGCGACCUGUCGCAGGCCAAACCGUCCGACUUUAUCGGCACCUGCGCCAGCCCGAUGGACUCGAAGCGGCGGGCGGAAAGCUGGAAGCGCAACCGGCGAGCGCUGGCGUACAGUACGGUCGGCACGCCGGACUACAUCGCGCCGGAGGUGUUCCUGCAGACGGGGUACGGGCCGGCGUGCGACUGGUGGUCGCUCGGCGUGAUCAUGUACGAGAUGCUGAUGGGCUAUCCGCCGUUCUGCUCGGACAACCCGCAGGACACGUACCGGAAGGUGAUGAACUGGCGGGAGACGCUCAUCUUCCCGCCGGAAACGCCCAUCUCGGAGGAGGCCCGGGAUACGAUAGUGAAAUUUUGCUGCGAAGCUGAACGACGACUCGGCUCACAGCGUGGAAUUGAGGAUCUGAAGCUAGUGCAAUUCUUCCGCGGCGUCGACUGGGAGCACAUACGAGAGCGUCCGGCGGCCAUCCCGGUGGAGGUGCGCUCGAUCGACGAUACAUCGAACUUUGACGAAUUCCCCGACGUAGCACUAGAGAUACCCGCCCAUCCACAACCGGAAGGGGAAGUGCUCAAGGAUUGGGUGUUUAUCAACUACACCUUCAGACGGUUCGAAAGCCUUACCCAGCGCGGAACGCCGACGAAAAAGUGAGCUGUGAAAUAAGCAAAACGAGAUCCGGUAGCGCGGAUCUAAUGCCCAAAAAAAACCACAGAUGCUGCUAUUAACGCUCCAGCGCUUCGAGACAUUAAAGAGCGAAUAGGAAAAAAAACGGUUCACUAGGAUAUAGAAUGUGAGCGGUGGGAAGAUGAUUUCAGGCCUUUUCGGGUUAUCGUAUGUACCCCACCCCUUUACAGCCCCCCCACUCUAGCAGACUCACACUUUAGUGUCGCAUUCAACUGGGUGGUACUACUAAAACGGUUCGUGUAUGGGGUGUGUGAAGAAAUUGUGUUGUUUUCGCGCAUUUUUAAGGUUCACUGUGGCGCUGGAUCGUGCGCGGCGCGAACGAGGCACACGCGCUCGUAGUUGGUUUCUGAUAAUAACACACAAGUGCAACCAAAUCGUAUCAAACAUGCUUGCCGUGGAAAGGAGGAGGAUAGACACACACACACACACACACAUACUCUAUUAUGCAGGGAGAGGACGUCAUAGUAAUUGAACGAAAGGGAUCAGAAAAAUCGAUCGUAGCUAACCACAAAAUCGUAACGAAAGUGUGAUGCGCCUGAAAUGAUGAGAGUUUAGCGCUCUUUGGAGAGUUGCCUAUAAAAUAUCAUCCCCUCUGCCCCUUUUACUAUCCACAAGUAACACGUAAAACGAGAACCCAAAUUACAGGGUUUUCCAGGGGUUCUUAUAGCUGUGGGACACUUCCUUGACUCUUUCUGAUAGGAAGUGAACUACAAAUGAUGAAAAUUGGACUUUUGGGCAUGUUGCUUGAAAAUUCCUAUUGGAUUUGUCCUACAAGUGUGCUAUAGAGUCCAAUUCCCAUUACAUUAAGUUCACUUCACGGCAGAAAGAGUCAAUAAAAUGUCCCACAGCUAUGAGAAAUCCUGAAAACCCCCUGUAAUGUUUGAGAGUGUCGAUGCAGAACUCUAUAGAUGGCUGAACUAUAAUAAUUCCCUCUCCCUACACACACACCCUACUGUACUGUUUUCCUACUAAGUUAGCGUGUUUUUUUUUCUUGUACUAAAUUUGUAGCUGCUUGUUUUCGUUUUUCUUUCGUUUAGCGUUUAUUCGUUCUUCCUCACGUACCAAGUACUAGCCGUUAAAGCCGUUUUGUUCGUUUUAAGUAUAAUCUAAAUAGAUGUGUUUUUUCUCUCUCUCCUUCGUGUUUAAGAUGAGAUUCGCUGGCGGUGAUCGCGGUAAGGAUAGGGCGUACUUGUAUUUAAAGAAGCAAGAGGAGGUGAGAACACGCAUCUUUCUUUUUGCGAUUUAUUUUCCUCCCCCUGACUUGUCCCGGGGCUCGCGGACCGUCCACAGCAAAAGGCGAACGUUAGAGAAAGGUAAUGAUGGCGUACGGAGAAUGAGCAUUUGUUUGAGGAACUGUUUCGGAGGAAGAAAUUUAUGCUUUUUAGAUCUUUCUUCUCCUUCUGUUAAGUUAUUAAAGUAAAAUGGUUUGCUUUAGGAGAAGGACGACUCGAGGAAAAAAGGAAAAGAAAAAUUGAUCUGUAUGUGGCGGAGAAAGCGAAAGAGUGUCGAUGAAACACACGGGGCAGCCUCUAAUGGAAUAAUCGAAAGGGAAAUCGAAAUCAAAAUGGAAAGGAUGAACAGAUAGAAUCCGCCGCGUACUGUACUUGCCCAUCUUCUUCCACACACUCAAAUGAGCCUGAGCGGUGCAACAGACACGAGACAAACUCAGCAAAACAAAAAACAAAAAAACUCCGUUCAACUCGUACGGCUCGUCUUUCUCAUGGUAGUAGCGUUUUAAGCAUCCUUUCUGUGCAUCCUUUUGAUUUUAAUAACGGAAAUCGGUGGUGACUACUGCGCGUGGCGGGCAAGCGAAAGAGUGAUGAUCGCGGCACGGCAUAAGCAUAAGGCAUGAUGAUUGGAGCCCAUAGUAUUAAAAUAGAAUAUUGUAAUGUACGACGACGGUGAUGAAGGAUGAUGCUGAUGAUGUAUUGUAUUGUAUUGCAUUGUUUUCUUUUUAAUUAUAAUUAUUUUUCGUUCGUAAGUAAUUGCAAAGCACUCAUAAAGAAAGCUACGUACACACACAGACAGACCUUUCAUUAGGGCAAGAAGUCCUUCAAAACAAAAUCCUUCCUCAAAAACCUCGAAGAGGGUGAGGACUUGGCGGGUGGCGCUGAAUUGUGCGGUACAUGGAAUGAUAAUAAAAUGACAUAAUGUUGUCUCGUAA